AUGUCUUGCUUGUUCUUCUUACGUGAACUCAGGUCGCUGAGUUUCCUGAACCUCAGAGACCACGCUGGUGACACCGCCUUGCAUCUUGCAGCAGCGCAAGGAAACAACGACAUCGUGGAGCUGCUAUUGUCUCGUGGGGUUGAGGUAGAGGUCAGAAACUUUGCUGGUCGCACAGCAUUACACCUUGCUUGCCUCAACUGCAACUUGGACUGCAUAAAGACCCUCAUGGAAGGUGGAGCGAACGCACGUAUGAGGGAUAGGGAAGGCAGGAGACCAUUGGACAUGUCCGAUGAGCCUCUUGUGCAUGCGCUGCUCCGCGAGAAAGCCGGCAAUGAGGUAGCCGUUCGCGGAGGCCCGACUCCCUUCGGCUGGGGCGACCAUGACACUUACGUGGACGCGAAUCUCACGGGCUUGGACAAGCUCAGGCCAUCGACACCCAACUACGACCCGCGACUUGGAAAUUGGAGUGAUCCUGCGCAAGCUGACUUACGCCAGGAUCUCUGCGUGUGCCCAUAUUGGUAUUCUUUCACUGCAAGAUCGUUCCCCCGCAUCUCUGCUGAAAUUUUGGCUUCGCGGAGAAAUUUCUGAGGAGCUUUAGCUUGCAUUCAAAAUUCUUCCAGGCGGAUUAAGGCCCAAGAAAGAUGGGUAGAGCAAGAAACAUGAAAUGUACGGACAAGGUCGUAAUUGUUUUAUUAAGCUAUACAAAACAUACAGGCUUAGAAAAAUUGAACAAGUUCAUCGAUCUAAAGAAAGAAAUUUCAAAUUAAAACACUCGAACUGCUUAGUGCGAGGUUGCUGUUGAGUGCUUCAGCCUGUAAACAUUCCAGAAUCCCAUGGAGUUGGUCAUGUAGUAGUAACCAGAGCCGAGUCCAGCCCAGACGAGCACGCCAUAGGCCCACACAGCUGGCUUGAGGCCAACGUCACUGUGGUCGCCAGACAUGGCGCGAGCCUGGGGGCGGAGAGAGCGGAGGGAGGAGCGAAGAGCAGGAAGAGUUGAACGAAGUGCGGGAAGCAUUGCCGAGGAU